GGUCAUGGGCGGCGCCGGCGGGGACGGCGGCAGCGGGAGCGACGACGACGACGACGGCUACGAGCUUUCUGGUCCCCCCAUCGAGCUCUCCAACACCCCGCGCCGCACCUCCACCCGAUCCCCUUCCCCCUCGAUAGGCCGUUACCUUGCGGAUCAGACGCAGGUGGGCCGGCCGCCGUCGCUGACCAACCGCUACACGGCUGGGAAGUCGGUCCCCAUGAUCCCGUCGAUCAAGCGGCCGGCGACCAGCGGUGCGGGGGCUGGUGCGGGGGCCGGUGCUGGUUCAGAGUCGCCCAUGCCGAACCGAAGGGAACAGAGGAGAUCAGUUGAUCUUGGAAGCUCAUUGAGAGGUCGCCGUACAUCACCUUCUCCUAAUGAUGAGAUUAACACACUUCAAGUGGAAAGUGAAAGCAUGUAUGACAAACUUCAGCUUGCAGAAGAAAGGUCUGAUGACGGAGAUGCCAAAUCCAUGCACAUGGAGAGAGAGGAUUCUGAUAUUGGCGACGCAGUAGAAACAGAGCCAAUUUUGAUUAGCAGGAAAGACGCAGCACUAGAACAAAGAAAGAUUGCUAUGCGAAUUGCUUCGCGAAGGUCCAGCAGUGCAAGCUGUAAUGAGAUUGCAACCCUUAAGUCAGAAGCAAAGGUUACUAGCAAUGUUACGUCUGUACCUCGGAGGAUGAAAAGUGCUAGAUCAGAACUGAGAUCUCUUCAGGCCACAGCCAACAGAAUGAUCCUGUCACAGGAAGAGCUGGAGGAGGUGGUGCUAAAGAGGUGUUGGCUGGCCCGCUACUGGACAUUAUGUUCUAAACUUGGGAUACAUUCUGAUAUUGCUGAAGACAAAAAAGAAUACUGGUCCUCAUUUGCACCGCGUGCACUUGAAGCAGUCCUAUCAAUUGGGCAAAAGGCAAGAGAUGGAACUUUAUCAGAUAAUGCUGACAUGGAGAGCAGAAGCAAAAUGUCUGAUGUAAAUGACAUAUCUAGUGAUGGCAAUGUUGAGACCAUGCUUUCAGUUGAGAAAGGAUUACGUGAAUUGGCUUCACUCAAGGUAGAGGAUGCAAUCAUGCUUACUUUGGCCGAAAAUCGACAUAUCAAACCUCUCUCAGGCCAAGCUUCUGAGGGUAGGAGCCCUUCUGAGUCAUUAGAGUUAAGUGCGGAUGAGCGAGAGGAUGUACGCUUCAAGCAGGCAUGGUUGACCUAUUUCUGGAGGAGGGCCAAAAAUCACAACAUAGAAGAAGAUAUAGCUGAUGAGCGGCUACAGUUUUGGAUAGAACAAAUCAAUCACCCAGUUACUACGAGUGACGUAAUAGAAGUUGAGAGAGGACUCCACGAGCUGAAGAAGCUGGGAAUCGAGUCUCAUCUGUGGGAUGCGACGAGGAAAGCUCAAGCUCUGGAUGAUGAUUUAAGCAACCACGGGAGUCCAACUGGAUCUGAAGCUUAGGAAACAAAUUUAGCAAAUGCAUAAACAUGGAGCGAGGCUCUAUUGCCGAUUUUGUGCCGUCAGAGGCCCUAGAGCCCUCCUGAUAUUCUUUUCGUGUUGUUAAUGUCCCUUUGCUUUGUAACAUAUUGAACUUUGAUAAAAUAUAUAUACAUAUAUCCGGUAA